AUGACAGCUGGAAGACAAUAUCUCAUAAAAAAUGACAACAUUAUUCCUAUUGAUUACGAAUCUACAGGUGUUAUAGAGCUGAGCACAAAGUGGAGCGAUGGACUACAUCAAUUCUUAGAAAUGAAACAUGGUCUAAAAAUAAGUCCCUUGAGUAUAAUUACAAAUUUUAUGUCAAAUCAAGCUUUUUUCGAACGAUACCAAAAUAAUAUAUUCGGUUUGUCAGGAACACUAGGGGAUCAUCAGGAAAAUGAAUUCCUUCAAGAUACGUAUGGCUUGUCUUGCAUGAAAAUACCACCCUUUCGAAGGAAACAAUUUCAGGAAGAAGCAGGAAUACUUUGUGAAAGUAAAGAAGUAUGGAUUUCGACAAUAGUUGAGGCUGUAAAACAAUAUACAGAAAGCGGAAGGACUGUUUUAGUUAUUUGUGAAGAUAUCAACACGGUUGAACAACUAUCAGAAUACAUGAAAACAAACAAAUUGAACAAUAUUAUAGAAUAUACAAGAAAUGACGAAGUUAAUAGAGAUAUGGCAAAAAAAGAAUUCGGAAAGGAUGAUAUCAUAGUUGCAACAAAUAUUGCUGGUCGUGGAACAGACAUUUGUGUUAAUGAAUCAGUUGUGAAGGCAGGAGGGUUAUUUGUUGUGGUUACAUUUUUACCAUCAAAUGUUCGAGUUGAAAAACAAGUUUUUGGGCGCAGUGCCCGUAAAGGACAACCGGGAUCCGCUUGUCUUAUUCUGAAUAAAUCUGACUUAAAUGAAGACUUUGUUAAGCAUAACAGUGUAGACCAAAUUAAGGAAAUCCGAAAUAAUAUUGAAAGAGAACGGAUAAAAGAAAUUCAGAAGACGUUGAAGGAAACUGUAAAAGUAAAGGAAAAUCUGUUUCAAAAAUAUUGCACUUUCCUUGAAAAUCAUAAAUUCGAUGGUGAUAAGAAUAGUAAAAGCAAACUUAAACUUGAGUCUCUACACGAGUUUUGGGGUUUCUGGCUAAAAGAAGAGUACCAGUUUUCAAAGCAAUGA